ACGCGUGCUCUGCGAUUCUCAAGUUGUGAUCGCCGACCGCACGGUACUCUCGCAAGCGAAGUUCUGUUUUCUUUUGAGCUAUGGCAACUCUGGGCGCAGCAACAGCAUGCGUCCCUACCUCCGGCGUUAGGUGCGUGCCAGCGUUUGCCGCCGCGCCGGAGCCGAUCAGGACCGCCCCGCGUCCCGCCGCCUCCCCGAAGCGACCCGCGACGGGCGGCGCGAGGCUGUCGGCCAGGUUCAGGACGGCGGCGGCGGCGCACAAGGUGAAGCUCGUCGGGCCCGAUGGCGCGGAGACGGAGCUGGAGGUGGCGGAGGACGCCUACAUCCUGGACGCGGCGGAGGAGGCCGGCGUGGAGCUGCCCUACUCGUGCCGGGCCGGGUCGUGCUCGACGUGCGCGGGGAAGCUGGCGUCCGGCGAGGUGGACCAGACGGACGGGUCGUUCCUGGACGACGCGCAGAUGGCCGAGGGCUACGUGCUCACCUGCGUCGCCUACCCCCGGGCGGACUGCGUCAUCUACACCCACAAGGAAGAGGAGGUGCAUUAGAUUAGCUAGACCAAUCCGUGCCAGAGUUUUCGUGUUGUGUCCGACGGUUCGUGUCUUGCAGAUGUACGGUGCUGUGUAGUGUAGUGGAGUAGUAUCUGAUGGGCUAAUAAGCCACGGCGACGAAGCCGGGCACGUCGAGCGCGGGUAUGGGCGUGCGCUGGACUUGCUGGGCGCGUCGGGUCCGAGGACUAGGGCGUGCGUGUGUGCGUGCGUUGGGUGCAUGGGCGUGUCCGUGCACCGGGGUAGUGUGUGUCUGUUGGCGAUCCGUGUGGGGCGAUCGGGUCGCCUGGUUGAUGCUCAGCGCGAGACGCGGGCGCACGCGCGUGCGUAGCGGGCGUGGCGAGAGCAUGCAGGGCGUGGAGUAGAUCGCGGGCGAGUGGAGGCGUGGGUGCGUGCCCAGUGCACUGGCUCGGGAUAUAAAGCCACGGGGUGAUCGUUGUAACAGUUGACACGGUCGAGUUCGUGCUCGAGGCAACAAGGGGGCGUUUGAGCGCCGGAAAAA